AUGAAACUAGAAAAUUAAGUGGCAAUCAUGGCAGCUGGUCCUAUAGCUGAACGAAAUCAAGAUGCCACGAUAUACGUGGGUGGGCUGGAUGACAAAGUUACAGAGUCCCUCAUGUGGGAACUGUUUGUCCAGUCAGGACCAGUGGUCAAUGUCCACAUGCCUAAAGAUAGGGUGACUCAAAUGCAUCAGGGUUACGGGUUUGUAGAAUUCAUGGGAGAAGAAGAUGCAGACUACGCUAUUAAGAUAAUGAAUAUGAUAAAACUGUAUGGAAAACCAAUAAGGGUAAAUAAAGCAAGUGCUCAUCAAAAGAACCUGGAUGUAGGUGCUAACAUCUUUAUUGGUAAUCUUGAUCCAGAGGUAGAUGAAAAACUACUAUAUGACACCUUCAGUGCAUUUGGUGUAAUUCUCCAAACACCAAAGAUAAUGAGAGAUCCAGAGACAGGAAACUCAAAGGGUUUUGCCUUCAUAAACUUUGCCUCGUUUGAUGCAUCUGAUGCAAGUAUAGAAGCAAUGAACGGCCAAUACCUGUGCAACAGACCUAUCUCUGUAUCUUACGCAUUUAAACGCGACGCUAAAGGGGAGAGACACGGUAGCGCGGCAGAGCGUCUGUUAGCCGCGCAAAAUCCUCUCAGCCAAGCGGAUAGGCCUCAUCAAUUGUUCGCUGACGCUCCUCCUUUAGCGCCACCGCAUAUUCCAAAUUCAAACGCAGCAGCUCAUCAAACCACCCAUCAUCCUCAACAUCACGUGAUGCACCAUGGAAUGGUCGUACCACCCCCACCUCCACCAUCAACACCAGGACCUCCAAUGGGUCAUCCUCCGCCGCCCCCUGUCCCACCGCCACCAUCCAGUGGUUUUCCUCCAGCAAGCAUUCCUCCACCUCCUUUACCACCAAUGUCAAUGGCCACACAUCCUCCUCUACCACCUGGAAUGCCACCUCCAUUGCCUCCAAUGCCAGUUCCAACAUCUCAAACUCAACAAACCACUCCAAGAAUGAUGGCUCCACCGCCUCCUCACUGGGGUGUCAGUGGACCACCUCAAGGUCAAUUUCCACCACCUCCGCCCCCGUCUUCCACCGGAGCACCACCGCCCCCACAAUUUGGACAAUUCCAGCCACCACCACCGCGUCCUCCUCCAACUUGGAGGCAUCCACCGCCUCCUCCAGUGUCCCAAGGAGGUCCACCACCGCCACCACCCUCUCAAUUUCGACCGCCGUUCCCUCCGAGAGGCCCACCUCCACCACCCCCGCCUCACGACACCAAUCAAUAUUGA